AUGCUGACAAUCAGACACGUGCGCACGCUUGAGCAGCCUGCCCAGCCGAUUCCGCGUUUCGCGCAGCUCCUCGACCUCCUGCAGCAGCCCGAGAAUGCCCACGUCAAGGUCAACAUUGACUGCAAGGUCGAGAACGACCCCGUGCGUCUCUUCACGCUGAUCCGGGCCGAGCUCGAGCGCCGCCCAGACUGGGAGACGACCCUCGCGCCCCGCCUGAUUCUCGGCCUGUGGCACCCCAAGUUCCUCGAGCCGGCCAUGACGCUGCUUGCUCCCCUGCAGCGUUUCUGCAUCUCCAUGUCCCUCUCUCAGGUACGCCAGUACUUCUGGGCCUGCACCGGAUUCUCAGUGUACUACCCCCUGCUGCUCGGUGCCGAGGGCGAGAAGUUCCGCCUCGAGUGCGCCGCAGCCGGCAAGAAGAUCUGCACCUGGACCGUGAACGAGCGGGAGGAGAUGCUCCAGUGUGUGCGCUGGGGCGUGUACUCGGUCAUCAGCGACCGGCCCGAGCUCUGGCGCCAGCUCAAGCGCGACAUCGCCGGCGACGCCAAGGUCGCCAAGCCGACGUUCUGGAACGAGACCGUCCUGCCCUACCUCACGUACCGGAACUGGUGGUUCGACACGCGCGCCAAGGAGCGCUUCGAGACCGAGUACCUUGAGCGCGAGGGCGGCAAGUUCUUCGUCCCUGUUACGCCGCCGCUGGAGGCCGUCGACCCCGUCGGUCCCGCGGGAGGCGUGCAGCCCCUCCGCCCCUCUCAGCUCGUUUGA